AUGACUACCGAGCUCUCCAUCUCUGGCAUCCUCCCAGCGACGCUCUACCCAGCCACGACGUCACGCCUGUCCGCCUUCUGCGACUCUGCCGACUCGUUCGCUCUCCGGGAAGAAGUGUACGAAAGAACAGCUGCCAGCUCGAGCGGGGCACCCGCGCCGGAUCCAGACAGCCAAAGAGUACGAGUCAAGGCGCUCAGGACGCGCUCAAAGGGCGAACGGGUCGAAUGGACGAUACAGCUGAACCAGAAGCCUGAGCCGCCCCGAACGGCCCCAAGAGCGCUUCAGUUUGGCGUGACAGAGUUCGCGGUCGAGGAGGGUUCGGAUCCGAGGGCGUUGGUCGACUCGCUGGGCUUCAGCAAGAAGGCUUUCGUUACGCAUCGGAGAGGACAGGUCUGGCGACGAGGGGCAGUCUCCGUGGAGCUUUUCCAGCUGUACGAGUCCGAUACAGCGCCAGAGCCCCUAGAUCCCGCCUCCUACGCCGUCUCCGUCUCAACACGCUUCACAGCAUCCUCUUCCUCCUCGUCCUCCGCUCCAAACGGCCGCGCAACGAGUAACCCUGGGACCCCGGGAGCGGGCGCAUCGCAGGAAGUGCGGGAUAGAGCGAUCGCUGCGUUGGAGGAUGUCGCGAGGUUGUUGAAGGGGUUGGUAGAUCUGGCGAGGGUGGAUUGA